AUGAUGACGAUGCGCUCUGUGCUGCUGGUGUGUGCGCUGUGUGCGUGGUGCGCCUGCGGGUGUGCGGCGGUUGAUGAAGGAACUACUGAUGAUCAUGGUACGCAUGCUGAAGAGGAUGUGUCGGAACCGAAAGUUUUGGAUAGGGAUGGCCUUGAUGGGGUGUGCCAGCCUGGUCAAGUGAAGUCUUCUAAAGGAGUUUGCUCUGCUCCCCUUUUGACUACAAAGGGUGCGGAUUUGGAGGAUUGUGAUGGCGCUCGUGAAUCUGGUAAAUGCACGAUAGCUUCUUCAACUCCCCUUUGUACGCAUAAAGUGGUUGUGACGUGCGAAAACAUUGAUAAGAGUAACCCAGAGGCCCUCUGUACAAAAGAAGGCAAGACCUGCAUGAUUUCUGCUGCGGUGGGGCAGAAGACUGCGACUGUGGGCAACCUGCAAACCAGUGAUCCUAAUACCAACUGUCUAGCUGCUGCAGGCGGUGGUGGUGUUUCGGGGGCGUGUGGGCAAAAACUGGACACUGGACUAACAGCAGUUGGGGGUGCCGGGCAGGAUGGACAGAGCCCUACGGGUGGUACAUCUCACGGCGCCCUCUCGGAGACUGGAACGCUCGACACGAGUCCACUGAGAGAAGAUACGAAAAAUGGAGAUCUGCUGGAACAUCAAAGAGGUAGAAUAAACCCGCCGGUGGAAAAACAAUUAAUACGUCGAACGCAAGACACAGCAGCUGCAGGGCAACAGGGACCUCACUCUCCAUCCGAUGAUCAUCAAGACCGAGGCACCAGUGAAGGUAGAGAAGUCACUACUGCCUCACCCAAUGCCACUACUUCAUCGCCAAGCAGUCAUCUGCCAACUGCGGACCACACAGACGAGAAGGGAGAUGAUACUGUUCUCAACAACAUCGGCAAAAGCGGUUCCGAUGGUGCCACUGUUACGGUUAAAAAGAAUAAUGCGCCUAGUGACGCAGCCGGGGCUGGUGCAAAGGAUGAGGAAGGAGCAGGAACGCAGGGCUCAUCGGAAUCUGCUUCAGUGAGUGCUGGUGCCAGUGAGGCCACAGGCAGCAAGCCUACCCCCAAUGCCCCUGCCGACGAGAACGUUAAGGACACGAAGAAUGCGGACAGCAGCGUCAGUCCUGUGUGGGUGCAUGCACCGCUGCUUCUGCUGACGUUGUGUGCAGUGACGGCUGUGUGA